CUUGCGACAUUCGCCCUUUUGUUAAUUCUAUCUUCAUAUAGCAGCCCGCUGCGUAUUUUGCAUUUUGUAUUUUUGUGUCCGAUAAAUUAUAACUAUAUUAGAUUUAAAAUGAAUCUGGCUUGUGCAAUUUGUUCGGAUUUAUUUAUGCCCUCUGACGAUAUCCAUAUGACUCCUUGUGGUCAUUCGUUUCAUUAUAUCUGCUUGAUGCAGUGGUUACAAAGAUCUAAGACCUGUCCUCAAUGUCGGAAUAAAUGCCACGAAAAAAGUCUAAUUAAAGUCUACUUUAAUAUCGCGACUGCCAGCGAUGCCUUAGAGGAUAGUACAACGUUGCUCCACAAAUUGGAUACGAUGACCUUAUCAGUUAGGGAAAAGGAAAAGAAGCUAAGGGAAUUUGAGGAAAAGGAUGCACUGCAUAAGUCUGAAUGCAAGAAAAUGAAAAAAACGCUAAUAACCCUGGAAGACAUGAUAAAAUCGAAGGAUUUUACCAUUGUCGCGUACAAGCAAGAAACGGAAAUGCUUCGUAACGAUCGAUUGCAAAUGCAGAAGUUACAAGUGGAACUGAACAAUUUGAAAAGUAAAAUGGAAUUGAUGUCUACCAUCGAACAUGUUGUUUCAGCAACUGCUAAAGAAGUAGAAGAAAUGCUGGCCCAGGAUGAUAACCCGCGAACUUUGGCCGUUCUGGUAGCAACUUUAAAACGAGAGCUCAAGGCUAGUGAUGCUAAAAAACAUGAAAUGCGAGAUAGAAUGAAAGCAAUCCAAAAUGAUCUCCGUGAAGAACGUGUGCGCCGGAUAUUUCUUGAAGAUAAGCUGUCUACUGCGGAUAGUGAGGUCUACCGAUUGCAACAAGAAAUACAACGUCUUGAAAUGAUCGCCCACAAUGCUUCCAACGGAAGCGAUUCAGAUUCAGUUAUUUUGAACACACCAGAACAAUCGUGUAAACGAAAACGAGCUGACCGUGACAUGGAUAAGAGCACUCCGAUGUCUGACAAAGUGCAAAAUAUCCUCGAUGCGGAUUCGCCUUAUUUCCAAAUCAAAUCCAGUAGUAUUGGUCUGACACCACUUCUUCGGGCAGGACUUAGUGCAAAGGCAACAGUACCUAAAAACAACGUGAAGGAUGAACAGUCUAAAAAAGUACAAAACGAUCUGUGCGGGAAAUUUUCAAUUUUUCGUAAACCCCGACUUGCAACAGAAAGUAACAAUACAGCUUUGCGCAACAAUCUUAUAUUUAAUGGUUUAGGCGGAUCGGAGCGGAAGGAAAAUUUUCCAGAAUUUCCACUUCGCAAAAAACAAGCAGAACCUACAGACACCUUGAAAUCAACAUCAAAGAUAGAGCCAGCAACCAACAGUACAACAUCUCGUUUAAAAGCAGGAAAACUAACCAGACAUCCUUCAACGGUAAUAUCUUCCGUUUCUGAUACAAAUAGUUAUGACGAUAUUCUAGAUAUUCCGUAAGACUGAAACGCAAAAUUCGCUUUUACAAAAUACUGUUAAUAAACGUAUAGCUGUUUUGUUUAAAUGGAAUAUUUCUCAAUUCAAACCUCGCAUUGCAAUAAAAAAUUAGUA